AUGAAGCUUCGUGAAAGUCAGCCGCGGUUCCGUGGCAGCGGGUGCAGUAGCGCGGCGCUGACUCCGCGGACGUGUACUCACCCGCGGGGAACAGCAGCGGGUGCAGCAGCGCGGCGCAGACUCCGCGGACGUGUACUCACCCGCGGGGAACAGCAGCGGGUGCAGCAGCGCGGCGCGGACUCCGCGGACGUGUACUCACCCGCGGGUGCAGCAGCGCGGCGCAGUCUCCGCGGACGUGUACUCACCCGCGGGGAACAGCAGCGGGUGCAGCAGCGCGGCGCGGACUCCGCGGACGUGUACUCACCCGCAGGGAACAGCAGCGGGUGCAGCAGCGCGGCGCAGACUCCGCGGACGUGUACUCACCCGCGGGGAACAGCAGCGGGUGCAGCAGCGCGGCGCGGACUCCGCGGCCGUGUACUCACCCGCGGGUGCAGCAGCGCGGCGCAGUCUCCGCGGACGUGUACUCAUCCGCGGGGAACAGCAGCGGGUGCAGCAGCGCGGCGCGCACUCCGCGGACGUGUACUCACCCGCGGGGAACAGCAGCGGGUGCAGCAGCGCGGCGCAGACUCCGCGGACGUGUACUCACCCGCGGGGAACAGCAGCGGGUGCAGCAGCGCGGCGCAGACUCCGCGGACGUGUACUCACCCGCGGGUGCAGCAGCGCGGCGCAGUCUCCGCGGACGUGUACUACCCGCGGGGAACACCCGCGGGUGCAGCAGCGCGGCGCAGGCUCCGCGGACGUGUACUCACCCGCGGGGAACAGCAGCGGGUGCAGCAGCGCGGCGCGGACUCCGCGGACGUGUACUCACCCGCGGGGAACAGCAGCGGGUGCAGCAGCGCGGCGCGGACUCCGCGGACGUGUACUCACCCGCAGGGAACAGCAGCGGGUGCAGCAGCGCGAGCGCGGUGA